GGGGGGUGUGAAGAAAGACAGGACAAGUUCUUUGCGGACCGGCAAAAACAGAGGAAAGAAAAUCAACCUAAGUCUCACUACGAUCUGGACCCAAUGUGAACCUGUUCCUCUCAUUAUCAGGCUGGGAUUUUCUGUAAGGAUGCUGACAUGAGGGAAGACAGCCCGACAAAUCCCCGCCUCAAGCCUCUCGGCUGAUUUCUGAUCGCACACAGGUUUUUUUCUCCUUAUCUUUCAAUGAGUUAUUCAUUCAGACUGACACCGUGUUCCGCUGCUCAUCCGUAGCUGCUCGGGGUACAACGCGGGUCUGCACUGACGGGUCGAGUGGUGAUUGUUGUCGCUCUCCCCUGCAACUUUUCUCCCCUUCCCUGCCACUUCUUCUGCUGACCUGCUUUCGUCCCCAGCACACCAGCGGCGUGGUGGGGGGCAGUUGCUUACCCACUCCACGAGACUGGCCCGGAAUGAAGGUUGCUGAACUGAGGAGGCGUGGCAGGCACACAGGAGACAAGGGGAGGGGAAGCAAACCGUUUCUGUGAUCCCGGGAGCAUAUGGUUUAGCGCGAGGCGGCCAGCUGCUUUCCAGCCAUCCGGCUAAUCACGCUACAGAAGAUACAAGUUGCUCCUGUGACGGUGUCAGGUUCGGACAGAUCCUGCGUGCAGUGGCUGUAUAUCUCGUCACCCUGACAGGAGCUCCCCAAAACCAUAAGCCGAAGAAGUCAGUCCUUUGGAUACAAAGGGGCCGUUGUGUUGGCUUCGUGGAGUGACGGGCAAAUCAGGAGAGCAGCGAAGCCGCGUUGCCCCACAGGAGCGCGAAGGAAGAUGCUCGGCCAUCAGCUCUUAGGGAAAUACUUGUGACACGUGUUGUUGGUGAGCACCAGACCUUGGGUUGUUUUGCAAAGGCUUUUGACAAAGGAAGGAGGGGGAGUGCUCGAGGAGCCCGGCAUCGCAAGACCCCUUCCACCUCCAACUAAUUGCCAGCCGGGGUCACUGGGAAGAAAAGAGAGGAUUCCUUUUGUGGAUUUACUGUUGGUCUGCUGUGGAAGUUUUCCUUGUGGAUAUCUGACAAUCCGAAACACCCAUAUCCCCAUGCCCAAAUUUCCAGCUUAGGUGCAUCUUAAAUACAUAUAUGCCGAGAGCGCUUUAACACACAUUUACUAUUACAUUACCAACACCCACUCAAAUCCGCACACAUAUUUGCACUGUGGUGUUAUAAACCCGUUUCCCAACACACACACAUAUAUACUCACACAGUGAAAGUCCAUUAGUUUGUCUAUUUCUCGGCAGGCACAGCACAAUGGAGGUUGCAUGGACAGGUGGGGGGCUGUAGGAGUUCAACAUCCCUGUCCCCCUGUCUGUCCUCGCGCCCCAAAUGGAUGUUAUUAUCUCUGAAAAUGUGUUACUUGGAAUCCGCUGAAAGCUUGCUGCCGCCAUUCUCUAACAGAAACAGUCACCGGGUCACCGCCACGGUGCACAGCUGGAACCGCAGCUGAAACGCCGACCAUUAGGGAUUUUUUUUGCGUUCUGCCUUUUUCUUCAUCUUCACCCUCUGCCCCCAUCCCACCGCCAUCAUUUUCCCCAACGGGUCUCUGGGCACCCCUCGUCGCCCUCCUCGGCCCGUCAUCUCCUCCACCCUGGAGGGGAGGGGGUCACUGGAGUGGAGCAUGAGCGGGUGCCACUACCCCUCGCCGACGCCACCGGAGCGGGACCGCCGGUACCAGCACAAGGUGUCCCUGGUGGUGCGCUACUUUAUGAUACCCUGCAACAUCUGUCUGAUCCUGCUGGCCACAUCUACGCUGGGCUUCGCCGUGCUCCUCUUCCUCAACAACUACAAACCGCCUCACUUCACGCCGGCCCAGCCUCCCGAUGGCUGCAGAGGAAUGCUGUGCGGGUUUGGCGCCGUAUGUGAGCGCGAUCCAACCGACCAGGCCAAGGCCGAGUGUGUUUGCAAGAAACUGGACUGUCCGUCCCUGGUGGCGCCCGUUUGCGGCUCCGAUUCGUCCACCUACUCCAACGAGUGUGAGCUGGAGAAAGCCCAGUGCAACACACAGCGACGCAUCAAGGUGCUGCGCAAGGGACCCUGCUCUCUGAAAGACCCCUGCACCGAGGUGACCUGCAGCUACGGCAGCACCUGUGUCCAGUCAACGGACGGCCUGUCGGCAAAAUGCAUGUGCCCGCUUGGCUGCGAGGGCAAGCCCGAGGAGACGGUGUGCGGCAGCGACGGAAAAGACUACCGCAACGGGUGUGAGCUCCAUCAGCACGCCUGCAAGAGCCAGAAGAACAUACGCGUGCAAUACCAAGGGCACUGCGACCCGUGUAAAGACAGUGAGAACAGCCUGAGCACAAUGUGCCGGGUGGAGACUCUCACCCGCCAGACCCUGAUCUUCGGCUUGGCGGAGUCAUGCCCCCCGGAAAAGGAGCCUCUGUGUGCCAGCGACGGACAAACCUACCCCAGCGAGUGCGCCAUGACGGCGAGGGGUAUGCAGAAAGGCGUCAAGCUCAAGAAGGUCCACGCAGGACGGUGCAGACGGCUGGAGGAGUGUAAGGAGGAGUGUCUCUUCAACGCCGUGUGUCUGGUGGAGCAGCUGAACGCCCGCUGCUCCUGCGAUCCCAUCGAGUGCGACGGCACCUACAAGCCCGUGUGCGGCAAGGACGGCCACACCUACACCAACGACUGCAUGCGACGCAAGGCCGAGUGUGUGAGCAGGACCCUCGUCCCCAUCAGGCACCCCGGGCCCUGUGAUCUCAACGUGCCGAGCCCGUGCUUGGAGAAGGUGUGCGACCACGGGGCGGUGUGCGUGGUGAAGAACGACGAGCCGGUGUGCGAGUGCCCCGAGGCCUGCCCACAAACGUCCGACCAGGUGUGCGGCUCCGACGGCCACAGCUACGGCAGCCCCUGCGAGAUGCGGGCGAUGGGUUGUGCCCUGCAGAAGGCCAUCCACAUCCAGCACAAAGGACCCUGCGAUGGGGCCUGUGCCAACUGCUCUUUCGGGGCGAUCUGCGACGACCAGAGUGGGCAGUGUGUGUGCGCGUCGGAGUGUGUGGAGUCCCACCAGCCCGUGUGUGGCAGCGACGGCACCACCUACAACAGCGAGUGUGAGCUGCACGUGCGCGCCUGCAAAGAGCAGAUGGACCUCAGAGUGGUCAGCCAGGGAGAGUGCAAAACAUGCGGCAGCACUGUUUGUGCCUGGGGCGCCCGGUGUGUCCAGAAUAAGUGCGAGUGCCCGCCGUGCUCAGGCGAGGCCUUCUCGCCGGUGUGCGGCAGCGAUGGCACCACCUACGACAACAAGUGUGAGCUCGGCACGUCCUCCUGCAUGCAGAAGAGGAGGAUUGAUGUGGCGAAGCCCGGCAGCUGUGAUGAAGACUGUGGCUCAGGAGGGUCGGGCUCAGGCCUGGAGAGCUGCGAGCAGGACCGCUGUCGCAUAUUUGGAGGCUCGUGGGAUGAGGACUCAGAGGAGGACCGUUGCGUCUGUGAUUUCACUUGCCAAAGUGUGCCGCACAACACGGUUUGUGGCUCCGAUGGAAAGAACUACAGCAACGAGUGUGAGCUGAAGAAGGCCAGAUGUGAGAGACAAGAGCACUUGUUGAUUCAGAAUCAGGGACCCUGUGCAGCGAUUUCAGCCACAUCUCUGCCUGAGCUGACAGCGACUCAGCACUGCAGUCUGUCUGUGUACGGCUGCUGCACUGACAACACGACGGCCGCCUUAGGUGUCGGACUGGCUGGAUGUCCCAGUACCUGUCAGUGUAACGUCUACGGCUCCUACAAGGGGACAUGUGACCCAGCCACCGGUCAGUGUUCCUGUAAGCCGGGCGUUGGGGGACAGAAGUGUGACCGCUGUGAGCCGGGCUUCUGGAACUUCCGCGGCAUCGUGACAGAGAACAUGAGCGGCUGCACGCCGUGUAACUGCGACGCCACAGGCUCUGUCCGGGACGACUGUGAGCAGAUGUCGGGUCUGUGCUCCUGCAAGACGGGAGUGAAAGGCAUGAAGUGCAACGUGUGUCCAGAUGGAAGCAAGAUGGGCAUGAAUGGCUGCGACAAAGGUCCCGAGGCUCCGACUUCAUGUGAAGAGUUAGUGUGCAGCUUUGGAGCCUCUUGUAUUGAGGUGAACGGCCAAGCCCACUGUGAGUGCCCUUCACCUGACUGCGACGAGAAAAACAAAUCUAAGGUGUGCGGCUCAGAUGGGGUGACCUAUGCCGACCAGUGCCAGCUGAGGACCAUAGCCUGCAGGCAGGACAAGGACAUCGCAGUGCAAAACUUUGGACAGUGCACAGAAACCAUCUCCGAGCUGGCAGAGCGACCUAACCCCACCCCCCUCACCACCACCGCUGCCUCCUCCAUCACCACCGCAGCCCCCUUCCACCCUAACAUGGUGUGGGCCAUCGCGCCUCCGAGGAUGGCCGAGGCGGAGACCACCGAGCGGCCCCCGGCCACCACCCACUUUACCACUCUCACCCACAACCGUGUUCCAGCAAACCACCACCACCCCAUCCACAUCCAGCCUCCGCCGCCACAGUCAACUGCCACCGCCACCACCUCCUCCCGCAGCAGGCCUGUCCCCUCCGCCGCAGUGACCUCCUUCGAGGGCUCGGGCAGCGGGGAGCCAAGUGGGGAUGACCAGACUGAAGAAGAGGAGGAGCAGGAAGAGGAGGCGGGCAGCGGCAUUCCAACGGAGGCCAGUGGGGCCGAGGAGCUUGUCGGUCCCACAGUGGCGAGCACCACCGUGCCCACGGCUGAAGACAGGUCGUCCUGCGACAACGCAGAGUUCGGCUGCUGUCCCGAUGGCAAGACACCGUCCAGCACUCCAGAGGGCGCCAACUGCCCCCCCACCAUGAGGUUCAGCGGGUUCCUGCACCUGGACCGUGUGGAGGACCAGGAGAUUUUCUACACCCCGGAGAUGGAGGACCCCAAGUCGGAGUUGUUUGGAGAGACGGCCCGCAGCAUCGAGAGUGCUCUCAAUGACUUGUUCAGGAAGUCGGAGGUGCACAAAGAUUUCAUGAGUGUUCGUGUCCGUAACCUGGCACCCAGCAACUCCAUCCUGGCCUUUGUGGAGGCUCACUUCAGACCAGAUACAAGAUACAACGUGGAGGACAUCGAAGGAGCCCUGCUGAAACAGCUGAAGGCGUCCAAAGAGACCAGCAUCGCUGUGAAGAAGCCCGAGGAUGAGAAUAUUCGCUUCACCAAUUAUGGCCUCUCCACCAUCCCCUUCUUCACCACCACCACGACGGCAUCCGUCACCACAGCUGCUCCCACCACCGCCACCACCACCACCAGGCCUCCACUGACCUCCACCUACAUAACCCGCCGCCCGCCGGGCACUACCCGCAGGCCCUUCAGCAGCAGACGCACCACCACAACCUCAGCACCGGUCACCACGACGCUCCCCGCCACGGCAGCUGUCGUCACCACCACCACCACCACGCUGCCUCCUGCUACCACAGUCGCCCACUUCAGGGGCAAGCUUCAUCACAAGGCCCAGAAGCCAUGCGACUCCCACCCCUGCCUCCACGGGGGCACCUGUGAGGACGACGGCAACGACUUCAGCUGCAAGUGUCCCGCCGGGCGAGGAGGCUCAGUGUGUGAGAAGGUGAUCAAGUACUUCAUCCCGUCAUUUGGGGGCCAGUCCUACUUGGCCUUCCAGACCAUGAGCGCCUACCACACGGUCCGCAUCGCCAUGGAGUUCAGAGCCUCCGAGGAGACCGGCAUCCUGCUCUACAAUGGCCAGGAUGGCAAGAAGGACUUCAUCUCUCUGGCUCUGGUCAACGGCAGGGUGGAGCUCAGGUUCAACACGGGCUCUGGCACAGGAACUGUGGUCAGCAAAGUUCAAAUCAGCCAGGGCCGCUGGCAUCAGCUCGUGGUGACUCGCAAUCGCCGCAACGCCAUGCUCAGCGUGGACAACGAGCCACACAUCGAGGGCGAGAGUCCGCGCGGCACAGACGGCCUCAACCUCGACACCCACCUCUUCAUCGGCGGAGUGCCCGAGGAGAUGAAGCAGGAUGUACGGGAAAGGACGGCGGUGGCCUCAGGUCUGGUGGGCUGCAUCCGGCUGCUGGACGUCAACAACCGAGUGCUCAACCUGCAGGAGAGCGGGGGGGACAGUCUGUAUGGCAGCGGUGUGGGCGAAUGUGGUAACAACCCCUGCCUGCCCAGUCCCUGUAAGAACGGCGCCGCCUGCCAGGUCAAGGAAGCCGAGAUGUUCCACUGCAAGUGCAGCAAAGGAUUCUGGGGUCCAACUUGUGCCGAUGUCCACGACCCAUGCGAGCCCAACAGAUGCCAUCCAUCCUCCCAGUGCCAGGCUCUGCCGGAGGGUGGCUACAAAUGCGAGUGUCCCAUGGGGCGUGAAGGAAGGCACUGCGAGAAAGUGGCGGACAGGAGGGGGGCUUACAUGCCGCAGUUCAACGGAGACUCGUACCUGGAGCUAAAGGGGCUCCAUCUGUACGGGCACGAUCUGCGUCAAAAGGUCAGCCUGACAGUGGUGCUCAUGGCCAACGACUCCAACGGUCUGAUCUUCUACAACGGCCAAAAAUCAGACGGAAAGGGAGACUUCAUCUCUCUGUCCCUCAACAAUGGGAUCCUGGAGUUCCGCUACGACCUGGGCAAGGGCCCCGCGACCAUCAGGAGUAAAGAAGCGAUCCAGCUGAAUGUGUGGAACACCAUCAACCUGGAGCGCUCCAACCGCAAAGGAGAGAUCAUGGUGAACAAGAAGGACCCGGUCCGAGGAGAGGCGCCGAAAUCACGCAAGAAUCUGCAUGUGGAUCUAAACCUGAAAGAGACGCUUUUGGUGGGCGGAGCUCCUGAUUACAGCCGACUGGCGAGAGUGGCUGCGCUAACAGAAGGCUUCAAGGGAACAAUCCAAAAGAUCAUUCUGAUGGGUACUCCCAUCCUCCGAGAGGAGAACGCCCUGCGCUCCAGCGACGUAGCCAUGUUCCAGGACCAUCCGUGUUCUCAGGAGCCCUGCCACAACGCCGGCCACUGCAGCCCCCAGCUGGACACCUACGAGUGCGUCUGCCUCAGUGGUUUCUCGGGCGGACACUGUCAGAACACCAUCUACGAGAAGUCCGCCGGAGAGACCGAGGCCAUCGCCUUUGAUGGGCGGACGUUCAUCGAGUACCACAACGCUGUUACAAAAAGUGAGAAGGCUCUGCUGGUGAACAAAUUCGAGCUGAGCAUUCGGACAGAGGCGACCCAGGGCCUGGUGCUGUGGAGCGGGAAGGGCGUGGAGCGGUCAGACUACAUCGCCCUGGCCAUCGUGGACGGACACGUCCAGAUGACAUACGACUUGGGCUCCAAGCCGGUGGUGCUGCGCUCCUCGGUGCGUGUCGACACCAACCGCUGGAUACGCAUCAAGGCCAGCAGAGCACUUAGAGACGGCUCUCUACAGGUCGGCAACGAGGCAGCAAUAACGGGGUCGUCGCCUUUGGCAGCAACGCAGCUGGACACGGACGGAGCGCUCUGGUUGGGUGGUCUGGAGGAGCUGGCCGUGGCCCGUCGGUUGCCCAAGGCCUACAGCACCGGCUUUGUUGGCUGCGUCAAAGACGUGGUGGUGGACGGCGUGGAGCUCCACCUGGUGGAGGACGCCUUAAACAGCCCCAAAAUAUUACACUGCUCCGCCGCCAAAUAACCCAGCAGGGACAAAAUGUUGAGAGAAAUUGGGAGAAGGAAAGCCCCUCCCGACACCCACUCCCGCUCCCUCCAUAGCGCUCAUGUCUCCUGCUGUAAUUAUUUUCUAUUUUUGUAUACUUUUCAUUGCUUUUUAUAUGAAAAGAAAAUUAAUAUCUUGUUUUAAUUUUUUUUUGUGUAUGUUCUUUUUUUUUUAUCUGCACCUCUGUUCACAUGACACACUUUCUUUUUUUUUCUUUUCCGCUCUGGCUCUUUAUCUCUUUUUUCUUUUCUUUUUUUUUUUUUUAUAAAAAACAAGCUUCUCUGUGAAAAAGAGAUAUUUUAUUCUCAUCAGUUUUGUUGUUUUAAAACAAACACCAACUUGGAAAACAAGCCCGGUCUGUUCGUUCCCUCGCGCAUUACUUGAACACUGGUGGACCUGGUGGUCUCUGAUUGCUGCCUUGUCUUGGUGCCAUAUCUAUCAUCCACAUUCCCCGAGCAUGGCGCCCACAUCCGUGACCAUAUAGAAAUACAUUCCCCCGGGGAGAGCCGGACGCGGCGAGCGCAGUAGCUGGCGUUUGCAGUUCUUUAACGGCGCAGCCAGCUCACGCCGACCAUCAUAACUCUGUAUUCAGCCCCGGCAGCCCACUGUAUUUAACUAAUGGGACUUUUCAGAUAACAGUCAAGCUGCUACAGGGAGAAAGUACACAGUCAUAACCACUCGAUCAACCCCCAUCUCACGGCGCCCAAAAAAUAAAAUUUGAAGAAAAGAAAAACCUCUGCACUCGAUCCGAAUCCCGUCAGAGGCUUAAAGUUUUGAAAUAUGACUCACUAACACUGCAAGCUGACACGGCAGAGAGAGCGCCGCGCUCCACAAUGACUCGCAUAUCAUUAGUCAUAAGUCAAGACAUUAAUCAUAAACACGAAUAAAUGUUAUAAAUAUAGAGUAUAUAAAUAAUACCUGAGACUGUGAAUAUGUAAGAUGGGUUUCUCUUGGGAGAAUUGUGCUUCUCAUGUACUAUUGUGCGUUCUGUUUUACAAUCAGCAGAUGAAUAAAUGAUGACCACUAUAAAUGCAUGCACUUCUGCAGUGUUGGUUUGAAUCUGGAUUUUUUUUUUUCUGUCUUUAAAAAACAACAACAACUAUAUAGUUUGAGAAAUGUCACUGUUAUGUCUUUUGUUUUAUUGUUUUGUUCCGUCAUCCCUUGCCUUGACUUUGACAGGUUCAUUUCGUUUCCUCUUAUUUCCACCGAUGUCAUUUCAGAUACUAGAGCUGAAUGAUGUUUUUAUGCCUGUUCAUUGCCUUUCUUUUGUUUUUUGGUCUUGUGUAUUUUUCUCGGGAGCUGUUAGUUUUGCAGGACCUUGAAUGGUGCAUAAGGGGAAGAGUUGUCACCGUUUCUGACCUUAAGGAGGUGCUGAGAGCCAAGACUGAAGAAAAGGACAGACGAACAGGAAGCAAGGAGAGAUCGUAUCGUGGUGGAGAGCUACUACUCUCGGGGAUGUCCUGUCAAACAACAGUCAACACAAACAAAAAUUGCUUCAAAAAAACAAAACAAACCGACUGCCUGAGGCGUUAUUUCCUUUUCGUAUUUGACCUAGGACCAUUCCUGGAGGAGUCUUUUUUUUUCGGCUGUUGAGGGAGAGAGAGAGAGAAAGAGACUGUGAUGUUGUUGUGACCUUUUGAAGCCAUAACAGCCACAAAACUGGGGGAAAAGAUGCAUAAUCCUACACUACUUUGCAAAUUAACAUAGCGACGCAUGGGUUUGUAUUACUAGUGCGAAUUCUCUAACAUUCGGUGGACUGAUGCAACGCGGGGUCGCCUCUGCUGGACCACAAUAAGCUGCGUUGACUGACUCAAAGACACUCUCGUUUUGAUACGAGAACCUUGGCAAUAUUCUACGACAUAAUCAUGCCUGUUUGUGGUUGAGUAUCAAAUGGUCUUUUACUGUUUUGUUUUGUUUUUCUUUACCUAAUUAUGUUUCCCUUCUCCAAUCAUCAAGCAACCUGUUUUUUUUUUUGUACAGCCCUGCGAUUUUCAAGUGUAAAUUGAGCAAAUGUGUGAUAUGUUGAGGUUUAUGUUUUUAAUGAUAUACACUGGAACCAUGUCUGACUUGUCUGUUCACCUACACGAAGAUAUACUCAAUGUACAUGGGGGGGGGGGUAGCCCUCGAGCUAUAACUGUGUUGUGUGUAAUCAAGUGUCCACACCAGAGCGGGGGAAGCCCUUCCCUGGUGUCUCGAGACACAUGUUUUCGAUUCCAGCACGCACUCUGUUGACCUUAGACUGGUCUUAUUCUGCCGCACUGUUCAGAAUCCGACCCAUUCAGGUGGCAACGCUUCAUACAAGGAGAGAUUCUUGUACAGUCGGGACGGACCCGAGAGCAGAGACAGUGAACAGUCCGUGGUCUGGGUGGAAACUACAGUAUGAAUUGCCUUAAAAAACGGUCAUCUUGACUCCGAGCAGGUGACGAAGACAUCAUCCAUAUAACUGUUUCCUUACUUUAGCCAGUGUAUUAGCCUCUUCCACAUAAUGUAAAUGAGUAAAGCAUAACAAUAAGGAUAAUUAUAUUAGUAAUAAUGCUCAAAUACAAAAAAAAAAAUCCCACCCGGGGGCCUCGCCAGAUGUCCCCCUCUAGCUUUUUACAAAAAGAAAAUCCUCUAUUUACUGUUUUUUUGAAUCUAUUUUUCGUUUUCUUAUUUAUGUCUACAUGUGGAUGACCCCCCAUGUCUGGCCUCUGUAAACUACUGUCCGACUGCGCAGACCUUCUCUGGGGGCGGUGCGCCGAGUAAGAGUGGCAUGACCUGAACAUUACUAACUUUAUGACCUUUGUCUUGUGUUCCUACCACCAUGAAAUAAAACGUCAACCAAAUGGA